AUGCGGCGUAGGAUCUCCGGUAGGAUGAAGCUCACGACAACAAUCACCACUUGCUUUGUGAUUUUGUCGGUGCUGCUAUUACAAUCCUCUAACAUUUUCAACCGCAGGAAUUCUGAUCUUCCAACGACCAGUUCAUUAAAAGGUUCAAAUGAUUCUAAGAAGCAGAGGGAGAAACUUCCAGGAGGGCUUCUUGCUACAGAGUUUGAUGAAGAAUCUUGCUUGAGUAGGUACCAUCAGUCGUCUUUGCGGAAGCCUUCACCAUACAAACCAUCUGGAUCUCUCGUCUCUAAGCUUAGGAGCUACGAGAUACUUCACAAGCGUUGCGGUCCAGGCACAGAUGAUUACAAGAGAGCUACAGAGCAGCUUGGUCAUAAGCAUGAAGAUGGAAGUAGAUCUGUUGGUGAAUGCAGAUACAUUGUGUGGCUUCCAAUGCAUGGGCUUGGAAACAGAAUCAUUUCUCUGGUUUCUGUGUUCCUCUAUGCUCUCUUGACAGAGAGAGUCAUUCUUGUUGACCAACGCAAGGGUAUAACUGAUCUCUUCUGUGAGCCUUUUCCAGGGUCUUCCUGGUUACUGCCUCUUGAUUUUCCAUUGAUGAAUCACAUAGAUCGCUUCAUGUUGGGACACACUCAUCGUUACGGACCAAUGUUGAGAAACCCUGCCAUUAACUUGACUACAGUACCUUCUUCCCUCUUUCUUUAUCUUUUGCAUGAUUACAUGGAUCUUGAUAAGAUGUUCUUCUGUGAAGAAGAUCAAACUGUCAUCAGGCAGGUCCCUUGGCUGGUCGUCAAAUCCAACCUUUACUUUAUUCCAUCUCUAUGGUUGAUCCCUAGCUUUCAAACCGAACUCAUCAAGCUAUUCCCACAGAAAGAUACUGUCUUCCACCAUUUGAGUCGGUAUCUUCUUCAUCCUACAAACCAAGUUUGGGGAAUGGUCACAAGAUCUUACAACGCUUACUUAUCAAGAGCAGACGAGAGACUUGGGAUUCAAGUAAGAGUAUUUAGCAGGCCGGCUGGAUAUUUCCAGCACGUCAUGGACCAGAUCCUAGCCUGCACACAAAGAGAGAAGCUCUUGCCUGAAUUGGCUACACAAGAAGAAUCACAAGUCACUAGUACAACAUCAAGAAGCCAGAAACUUAAAGCUGUUCUUGUCACAUCUCUGUUUCCAGAGUACUCUGACUACUUCAAGAGCAUGUUUUGGGGACGACCAAGUACUACAGGAGAGAUCAUUAUAGUUUAUCAGCCAAGUGGAGAAAGGGUUCAACAAACAGACAAGAAGCUUCACGACCAAAAGGCGUUGGCCGAGAUCUACCUCCUAAGCUUAACUGAUAACAUUGUCACAACAGCCAAAUCUACAUUUGGAUAUAUUGCUCAUAGUAUUGGAGGGUUGAAGCCAUGGAUACUGUACAAGCCAGAGAACCACACAGCUCCUGACCCACCAUGUGUCCGAGCCAUGUCGAUGGAGCCUUGUUUUAUUAGACCUCCGCUCUAUGGUUGUCAAGCCAAGGCAAUCAAAAUCUCCCCUUUUGUAAUGCAUUGUGAGGAUUGGAUUUCAGGGAUUAAGAUAGUUGAUGCCCCCAAAUAA